AUGCCCGCCGUCAGGAAGAAGACGAAGAAGCAGCGGCGCGAGAAACGACAACUCGACAUUGCAAGACGGAUACUCGAGGAAGAGGCCCUGUCGACACUAACACCGCCCUUGCCAGCCAUGGAUCCCCAAGCAAAGCGCAACAUUGUCAUCGUCGGUGGCGGCAUCAUCGGUUCCACAACGGCCUACUUCCUCACAAGACACCCGAAAUACAACCCUGCCCUCCAUCGCAUCACAAUCCUCGAGGCCACUGCCAUCGCCUCAGGCGCCUCUGGCAAAGCGGGCGGCCUACUCGCCCUCUGGGCCUACCCGUCUUGCCUCGUUCCACUCUCCUACCGCCUGCACAAGGAGCUCGCCGCGGAGCACGGCGGCGAGAAGAGAUGGGGCUACCGGCGCGUCAAUUGCGGCAGCUUCGAGGCCCGCGUCACGAAGCAGACGCUCGAGAACAUUAAACAAGCUGCCGUGAAACCUGAGGCUGUCGUGCCUGGCGCCAACGAAGGCGACCAGGAAAAGGGGUGGGAAAGGCUGCCGAAGCAGGACGAGGCCGCCGAGGCCAUGUUGCGAGAUUCGGGCGGCGUCGUGCCGGGGGACCUCGACUGGAUCGAUCGGGCCGCCGUCGAGACGUACGCCGAGAUGGGCAGGCCCGGAGCGACGGAGACGGCGCAGGUGCAUCCCUACGACUUCACCACGUCCAUGGCGGCGCUGGCGCAGGAAAAGGGCGUCGAGGUGCGGACCAACGCGCAGCUGAAGAGGAUUAUCUCCGGUGAGAGCGUAGGCGGCGGCGGCGGCGGCGGCGUCAAGAGCGUCGAGUACCUUGAUCGCGAGUCCAACGAGACCCGGACGAUCGACGACGUGACGGACGUUCUAGUGUCCGCGGGGCCGUGGACCGGUCGCCUGCUGCCGCGGUCCAAAGUCACGGGCCUGCGGGCCCACAGUGUCGUCUACAACGCCGACGUGAGCCCCUACGCCGUCUUCACCAGCAUCAGGCUCCCGGCCGACUUUGUGCCGGAGCACCGGGUCAGCAAAGGACAAAAAAGAAAACACAAGCGCGUCGUCGACCCGGAGAUUUAUGCGCGGCCGUAUGGCGAGGUGUAUGCAUGUGGUUCGUUGCCCCCUUUCCCCCUUCCCGUCCCUUCCCCUUGGACAUAUUUCAACAACCAAACCCCAAGUCAUCAAAGACACAAAGCUUACGGCAAUACUCCCCACACUCUAGGCGAACCAGAUGAAGACGCACCCCUCCCAGACACAGCAGACAAGGUCCAAGUAGACGAAGCCAACUGCGACGACAUCAUCUCGUACAUCGCCACCGUCAGCCCCGCCCUGGCAGCCGCCUCCGUCAAGGCGAAGCAGGCGUGCUACCUGCCCCAACACGAGUCUGGCCCCCUCAUCGGCGCGACAUCGGUGCCGGGUCUAUGGCUCGCGGCCGGCCACACGUGCUGGGGCAUCCAGAACGGUCCCGCGACGGGAAAACUCAUGUCCGAGUAUAUACUCGACGGCAAGACGGCCAGCGCCGAUAUCUCGGAGUUGGAUCCGAGGCGGUAUAGAGUCUAG